AUGGUGAUGCCCAACAUGCUCUUGCAAUCCUUGAUCUUCCUGAUGAGGUUGGAGGUGCUUCUGGAUAUUUGGAUGCGUCUCUCGGUGAAUUUGAGUGCGUUGCUCGUUUCGGCCCUGGCGCUGCAUCCUGUGUUCCUGAUGCCGCCAUCCGCUUCCACAGCGAUUCGGAUCUUACGCCUCAGGAGGAGUAUUGGGAUAAAUGUCAGCCUGCUAGCGAUCCACACCGCUGGCCUGUCGUGGUCGUCCAAGGACGUCCACGUGCUGGAGGUCGCUGUGUUUCUCGGUGACCAGCGGCUCACCUGCCUCCAGCGCCACGUGCUGUUGAACGACCUUGAGGAGUGCGGUUUGUCGGUGUUAUCAUGCUCCACGUGCGGCUUGUGUUUUUUUUCUUCGACGCGGCAGGUGCACUCAGGCCUCAGGUGGUCUCGCCCUCCCCCACCACCUGAGUGA